AUGUUGGCUAAAUCAUCACUCUUCCUUCUUAUGAUCGGUAUGUUGCUGUUUGCCAGUCCUGUUGCUGGUCAAAUCACCACUGGUCUGAUCGGGGGUCGUUACUACACGAUUGUUCCUUCACAUAUAGUAGCUGGGUUUUAUGCAAUUGAUUCAAGUGGCAAUGUUAUCUAUUGCACAUACUCAAAUGGCUGUUUCAAACUGUCGAAUCUCUCACUAAUCUCGGCAUUGUUACCAUCACAAUGCAACCAAUACCAUUUGUGCACAUGA